CCAGUAAUCAAUAUGAUAUAGUAAUUACCAACAUGCCAUUUUCUUUAAAAGGUCCUUUUGAUGAGUAUCGAGACAAUUAUUACUUGGGCAAAGCUAACGGGAAUAGUUUAUGUAUCGAACAUUGUUUAGAUGCCACUAACAAAAAUUAUGCCGAACGACGCAUUGUUUUGAUAACUUUGGAAGGAAUUCUCCAUGAUAGAAAAUAUACCGAAGAACAAAAAGAAGUAUGGCAUUAUGUAGUAAAAAAUGAUGGCUUUACCGAAAAUAAAAGGGAAGAAAAAGAAGGAGAAAAUGAUUUUGAUAUUUUUUGGAAAUUUAAAGACCGGAAUGAGGAAGAAAAGUUAAAGGUGGGUUUUCAAAAAUUAGAAAUUGAAAAAAUAAAAGUGAACCAUUAUAUUAGCAUUCCCGGUCUCUAUAAAAAAUUUGACUUCAAAGAAAGUAGACACGAAACAAUCCCUUUAGCCGAAAGAUUUAAAGAGAGGAUAGCCUCAAAAGAUACUUCGGAUUAUAAAUUGGUUCCUCCCAAACACUUUGCUUAUCGACCACCGGGAGUUAAU